GUGCUGGUGUAAAUGUUGGCGCUCCCAUCGUCAGCAACCGAGAAGAAGCGACCACAACAAAACUCGGUGGCAAUGAUGUAACCAUCCUCUACCCUGUAAGAAUACAACGACUACUGCAGCACACUCAACUCCAAAGCACCACUGGCGGCACUGUCCUCUUUGUGUGUGUCCCUGGUGGUGGCUAGACAAGGAUGCUGCGGUACUGGGGAGUGUCUCUACUGCGGCAGCGAGGAGGGAGCCGACACCUAGUCACCACCACUGCUGGCAGCACACAGGCAACAGACACCUCGAAUCGGGAAAUACCAAUAACACUGAAGCCAAACACAGCCACCAAGGACUCCAGCUAUGGCUCUAGCAGGGGAUCUGAGUUACUAGGUAUAGGUGGUGGUCUUGGCUUCACUCCACCAGACCAGGAGGAGGAGGCAGUUAAGGAACCUCCACUAUAUGACAGCCAUAUCAGAACAAAUGCCUUCCAGAAAGCUAUACUGACCUGUGGAGCAGCGGCGGCAGCACUGCUUGACCCGAGACGACAUGACAUGGUGGCCGUGCUGGGUGAGACAACGGGAAGCAAAGCCCUAACUCGUCUGUACGCUCGCAUGAUUGAUGAUCCUGAGGGCAGCCGGAUCUUGGUGGAUAAGCCGAGGAUAAACAGCUCCACUAUUGACUUGGAUGCAUUACGGAAACUCCCCACAGACUCUUUGGGUCGCAUGUAUAUCCGUUUCCUAGAGGACAAUAAAGUGACGCCAGACUCUCGCCUUCCAGUGCAGUUCGUCGAUGAUCCAGAGUUGGCGUAUGUGAUGCAGCGUUACCGGGAGGGACACGACCUCUUUCACACUGUGCUGGGAAUGCCAACCAACAUGCUGGGUGAGGUGGCAGUGAAGUGGAUUGAGGCCUUACAGACAGGACUUCCAAUGUGUUAUGGUGGUGCUGUUUUUGGUCCUUUAAGAUUCCGGCCAAAACAAAGACAGAAAUAUGUAUCUGUUUACCUCCCGUGGGCAAUUAGAGUUGGUCGUACGGCAAGGCUGCUCAUGAAUGUUUACUUUGAAGAGCGAUGGGAACAGUCAAUUCAUGAUGUGAGGGCUGAGUUUGGUAUUGAGCCUCCCCCAGUCUAGUCAGGAGGGCAGGUCUUUGUGGUCUUGAGGGAGAUGGAGGAAAGAACAUGGGUCUAGGUUAUCAUAUAAAUCUCUUGCUUUCCAUGCAUUUUUCAAAGGAAUAAUUGUCCUUGCAAGUUUCUGAAUAAGUGUUGUAAUAUUAUACCCAACAAGGUUCUUCAUGGAAUAUGUCUUCUGAUAAUAUGGUUAUACCCAGAUAUGUAUUGUAAGCCUUGCACUGGGUAAUCUGUUCAUUGGUAUACUGUAAAUAUAUAAAAGUGAAAUGCUGACUGUCUUGGCUUACUGCAGAAAAUAAUAUAAUUCAACAAACUUUUUUUUUUUUGCUUUACCAUGUCAUGCCUUCCCCUUGACUAGGGGCAUAUGAUUUCUUUUUAACAGAAUUCAACACAAACAGUUUAUGAGUCUCACUACAAUAUUUUGAUCAAGUUAUGUAUGAAUCUAAGAGUACUAAGCUGGAAGCCUUGCACUGCACUAAUAUCCUUGGUGUCAUCAACUCUGGCAUAGUAAUUCUGCCAUCUUAGGACAUGCUAACACUCUAACACUCCUUUCAGUGUCCUCCCUCAAUAGUCUAUCUCUUACUGUUGUAUUGCUGUGUGGACCAUGAAGGCCUAAGAUUCAAGUGAAGGCACAUACAAAUGUUAAGAGCAUUUAGUGUAUGUAAAAUAACUUUUUUUCCACAACUCCAAGCUGGUUUCAAAAUUCACUGAUAUUUUGCAGAAAUGAAUUGCAUUUAUUUUAAACAGAUGAUAAUGAAAAAAGCAAGAAUGUAUAUAAAGAGACAAUAUAUUUAUAAAUACAAAA